AGUUAUCUGGUCAUUUCUCGAAAACUCAUCUCACAUAACGAGACAAUACGCCAUGGCAAUUGGCAAGUGAAUAACACUGACAGAUAUACACACACAAAGAGACGGCGGUGGGUUUUUGAUGAAUGGCAAGAGCCUCCUCCAUGACUCUGAAGGAUCUUGGGCGACUAAGAAGCCACCCUCUUCUCUCUCAUUCAUCAUCUCUCCUCAACCCCACUCUCUCUUUCUCUUCAAUCUCUUCUCCCUGUCCUUCUUCCAAUUUUUACAACACAACCCCAACUCCCUUUAAUUCAAUCAAUCGUAUACUAAACCUCCUGGAGACAUGUCAGAGCAUCAAUCAUUUCUACCAAAUCCAAGCCCACUUACUCACUUCCUCUCUCUUUCAAAACCCAUCUUUUUCUGGCAGAAUCUUGAAGCUCUCUGCAGAUUAUAAUGACAUUCAUUACACGCUCUUGUUAUUUAAAUUCAUUUCUUUACCAGAUACUUUUUGUUAUAAUAUUCUUAUUAAGGCUUGUGCUCUCAGUUGUGUGCCUCAUCAAGCCGUGAUUUUGUACUUUCAUAUGCUUAAAUAUCAGUUCUUGCCUAACAGUUAUACGUUUGUUUCGCUUUUUAAGGCUUGUGUGCAAAUGGGGUCUGUCAAUGUGGGGCUUAAAUGUCAUGGCCAAGCUAUUAAGAAUGGGGUUCAGUGUGUUUUGCAAGUUGAGAAUUCUUUGAUUCAUAUGUAUGGUUGUUAUGGGCUUAUUGAUGUUGCUAAGAGGUUGUUUGGUGAAAUGUUUGUGAGAGACGUGGUAUCAUGGAACACUCUGGUUGAUGCUUUUGUUAGAGUUGGUGAUUUGAGUGCUGCACAUGAACUGUUUGAUUUAAUGCCUCAUAAGAAUGUGAUUUCCUGGAAUGUUUUGAUUUCUGGUUAUUUGAGUGGUGGGAAUCCAGGGUGUGGGUUAAAGUUGUUUCGUGAAAUGGCGGGGUUCAAAAUUAAAGGUAAUGACACGACGAUGGUCAGUGUUGUUACUGCUUGUGGUAGAUCGGCUAGACUCAAAGAAGGAAAAUCUGUUCACGGAUAUCUUAUUAGGACAUUUGUGAGGUUGAGUCUAAUUAUUAAUACGGCCUUGAUAGAUAUGUAUAGCAAGUGUCAAAGAACAGACAUUGCUCGCAAAGUGUUUGAAAGGUUACUCACUAGAAAUAUAGUCUGCUGGAAUGCAAUGAUUUUGGGACAUUGUCUUAACGGGAAUCCAAAGGACGGGCUUCAGUUAUUUGCUCAAAUGCACACUAAAACUAGACUAAUAGAGAGUAGAAUAGGUGAUGAUAAUAUUAUAGAACUAGGUGAACAGGUGCUUCCUGAUGAAGUUACGUACGUAGGAAUUCUAUGUGCUUGCCUGCGGGAAGGACUUUUAACAGAAGGCAUAAAUUACUUCAACCAAAUGACAGAUGUUUUUGGUGUAAAGCCAAAUUUUGCACAUUAUUGGUGCAUGGCAAAUAUUCUCGCUAGUUUUGGUCUAAUGGAAGAGGCGAUGGAAAUCCUCAGAAAUUUGUCAUCGUUUGCAGAAUUACCUAAAGAGUCGUCAUUGUGGGCCUCUUUACUUGGCUUAUGCCGUUUCAAGGGGAACGUGGUAUUAGGAGAACAGAUUGCAAAAGCUUUGAUUGACAAAGAUCCGUUGAAUCAAUCAUAUUAUGCACUGCUAAUGACUGUAUAUGCCGUGGCAGGGCAAUGGGAGAAUGUUGCUCUGACAAAGGAAACAAUGAAAGAGAGAGGGUUUAAGAGUAUGCCAGGUUUUACUCUUGCAGAUUUGAAGUUUAUUGUCCACAACCUUGGGGUGGGAAAUGAACUGCACAAUAGAUAUAUAAUGUUGUGUAGUUGAGACCACAAGGAAUUAUCAUCUAAUCCUGUAAGUAAUAUGACGACUACAUUGCAACAACACCUGGAGAUGGGGAUGGCAAUGGGCUUGUAGAAAAGUGGUGGUGAAAGGAAAAGAAUGGCAAUUUCCUUUGAAAAUGAUGAUCAAAGUAAUAACACCUGGAGAUGGGGAGUCUCUGCUUGCUCAAGUGAUAGAAAAGAGGCACAUAAAGCGCUGCUGGUAUAUCAACUUAUAACCUCAAAAGCCAAAAAAUCGAGGCAAAAAAGGAGGAACAGAUGAUAUGAGCAGUUGCAUUUGGCAGCUCAGGCUUUAAAGAAGCACUCUCUUAAUCGGACAUCAACUUCUCCAUUUUGACAAGUUUAUUUGUUGUGGACUUGUGGUAGAAUUUGUUAAUGUGGAGAAUUGUACAUCAACUGCUGGAUGCUUAUAAUGUUUUAUGAGACUAUUAGGAAGGUAUUAAUGUAAUUUGCUAACUCUUCUUAUUCACGAUAUAUAUUUUUCAAUCAAGCUGUUUUAGUAGCUAAUGUUA